CUUCUUCAAAGCAAACAAGUGCGCAUCUCCCCCAAAAUGUCGAGUCGUAUUAACCCUUUGGUGCUCUGCUGCCUGCCGCUGGUUUUCCUCCUCAUCGAGGCUAGAACUCGUCCUUGUCUCGACGAUCGCAUAGUGUUUCCCAAGGACAGCGAUGAGGACACCCACCCGGCGAAAUUCGCAUUGCCUGCGAUCAACUCGACGACGACUUCGACAAAGGAACCCUCGACCACAGUAGCCACCUCCUUGGAAGUCUUAAACGCCACAGAACCGAUCUCCAGUGGAUCGGAGGAGCUGGCCAACGGCACCACCACCGUGAUCCCCACCAUCGACAAUCGGAUUUUGUUUGAGACCUCCCCGAAAUGCAAAGAGGGCUUCGAGCUUCGUGCAAACCGCUGUCGUAGGCCGGCCUAAUCUUCCAUAGCUUCUAAGAUCGAUGUUAGUCAAUAAAGUGAUAUUUGAA